UCGAUCAGUAAGGACGUCAUCAGGACCGGUGAACGACGAUGGCCACCGAUCAGGCAGGAAAGACCGGAAAAGCGAAUGAAGGACCACCAACCGCAGCCGCCGUACCAGCUCCCACCGGAGCAGCGGCCCCCACGUCAUUACGAGGUCCGGCGUCACCGAUCGCUGCAGAGUCAAAGCGCGGCGCCGUUGCUCCCAUUGCCGGUGUGGCGCUGUCUGCAGCAGUGCGUGGACCAGAGGUUCCUGCACUCGCCGCGCCGCCAACGCCAAAGCGCGCUGUACUAGCUGGCGCUGUGCCGCCUGCUAGAGUGCGUUUACCGGCUGCUGCAGAGCCGAAGCCGAAACGUGAUAGGCCAGUUCCAGGGAUCGUUUCAAUGUCACCGCUGAACCCGCCGAGUCCGCUGGGUCCAGCAAUCAUAGCAACGCCGUCGAUGACGCGCGGACCACUGGUGUUUCGGACAAAGAAAGAACAGGCCAGGCAAGCCCCGAUUCCGUCGCCGGUCUCUCUGGGGCCCGUCCCAAACGAUGGGGUCGCACCUCUUAUGCCACCGGUGGGCCAGGGGGCUGAGCGAAUGGGCGCGCCGGACGGCCUACGUGCCAGGGGAAACCAAUUUCCGCCAAUGUCGGCAUCGCCAUUCCUGCGACCCAUGACCAUCGGUCCCGGGGGUACGCCCGAGCUCGUAGCCUUCCCGCGCAGUUGGCGACAUACUCGCGCCCUGCUUUCGGCGGCGUUAGGAGCCCAGGUCGCCCAAGCCACUCCCGAGCCGGAGCAGAAGGGACUUUAUCCGGUUGUCGAGCUCGUCGACGACGACGACGACAGCCCGACGAGUCUUCCCGGUAGCCCUCAACAAGCGCCGCCCGAAAAAGAGGAUGAGCAGUGCGGCUUCUUCUGGUUCCGGCCGCCUUUCCUGCGCGUCUUCCGCACUCCCGCCUGGGUGCUCUUAAGCCUGUGCUCGAUCGAGUUCACCCAGAGUUUCGUCAGCAGCGGCGUGCUCAGCGUGGUGCUGCCCACCAUAGAGCGGCGCUUCAACCUGAGCAGCCUCGAGACCGGCAUCAUCCUGAGCGCGUUCAACGUGAUCAACUGCCUGUUCAUCGUGCCCGUGGCCUUUCUGGGGAGCACGCGCCACAAGCCGGUCAUUAUAGCGUCCGGCAUGGCGAUCAUGGCGGCCGGCUCGUUUGUCUUCUUCCUGGCCUACGCACUCGCGCCUUCCUACGCCUACGGCGCCGAAAUGCCGGACCUGUGCUACGCGACGCCCCCGCCUCUGAACCAGACAGUGGACACGUGUGGCGAGCAGAGCAUUCGCGACUUCCGCUUCCUGCUCAUUCUCGGCAGCAUGCUGCAGGGCGCAGGCGUCACGCCACUCCACACGCUGGGCAUGUCCUUCCUGGACGAGAACUUACCCGUCAGGCUCACCUCCCUCUUCAUCGGAACGUACAGUGCCAUGGCCGUGCUGGGACCCGCCUUUGGCUUUCUCGUAGCCGGAUACUUUCUGUCUGUGUUCGUCGACUUGAAGGACGUGAGCCAGCUCGGCCUGACAACUCAAAGUUCGGUGUGGAUUGGUGCAUGGUGGGUCGGAUUCCUGGUCGCGGCCAUAAUGGGCGGAAUCGUCAGCGUACCGAUGGCCGCUUUUCCUAAACACCUGCCGUCGUACCAUCAAUGCCAGAUGGUGCGUCGACUGCAGGCGAACAAGGGCUAUAGCGAGCAGGAAAGCACGUACGGCCAGUACAUGAUAGAACUCCCGCGCUCCAUCCUCUCGCUCCUCAAGAACGUCCCCUUCGUCAUGAUCACACUGGCAUCGGUCACCGAAGCAAUGGUCGGCACUGCCGUUGCUGCCUUUUCGGUGAAGUUCUUCGAGGCCGAAUUCGCUAUGACACCUUCAAGAACGGCCGCUGCUCUGGGCAGCAUAUUGAUUCCGGCUGGCGUAGGAGGGACUUUGAUGGGUGGCGCACUGGUGUCCAAGCUGGACAUGACCAUCCGCGCCAUGUUAAAGUUGUGCUGCGUCACGAGCAUCAUCCCUUGGCUCUGCAUGUGGAUCUUCCUGCUGCACUGCCCCAACCCACACUUCUUCCACGGGGAAAUUUGGAGCAGCAACCGCAGUGUGGCUUUCACCAGCGAGUGCAACGAGAACUGCCACUGCGGGACGCAACUGCUAGACCCCAUCUGUUCGGUCGAGAACGUGAUCUAUGCGUCGCCCUGCUUCGCCGGUUGCGCCAAGAAAGAGAUCGUGCCGAACCCCGAGGACACAAACUGGGAUCUGCAAGUGUACAAGAACUGUUCCUGCGUGCCGACCCCGCCUGGCGCGCCGAUGAAUGAAACCGUAUACGAUUUCGAUGCGACGCGUCUGAAGUGCUCGACCAACUGCAACCUGAUGGUCAUCUACAUGGUCGUCAUAUUCAUCUGCGUAUUUUUCACUUUCUUCAGCGCAGCUCCUGCCAUUACCAUCAUGAUGCGGUGA